UUUUUUUAGUUUAUUUUUAAUAUUAGCAAAUUAACAAGUUAAUUAAUUUAUAAAUAUACAUAUUUUUUUUUUGGUAAAAUGCAGCUGAGUGAAGGACUUGAAAUAUUAUUAAGUAGUGUAGGAAAUAAACCAUUAGAAUUAUGGUCAAAAACCAUAUCUCUUGAUGGAAAAAUAAAACGUAUUAAUGAUGAAAAUUUAAAUAACAAUAAAGUCAUUGAAAUAAUUGGUAAAACAGAUACAAGUACAAACAAAGAUUCAAUAUCAACUUGCAUUAGUUGUCCAGCUUUAUCAACUGAUUUUUUACAAACAAAUUUACCAAUAAUUGUAUUUGUUAUUAAAAAUUUAAAGCUAGAUGGAAAAAUUGAAUUUCAAGUUAUUGAUCAUAUGAAUUUAAGAAGAAAAUUUAUUUUAAUAACAAAUUCAACACGUGAAAAAAUACCAAAGAUUUUACCAACAAUGUCAUAUUUUCCAUUCAAUCUUGAGGAAGGCUGGAAUCAUUUAGAAAUUGAUUUACGUUUAUUAACAAAAGAUAUUUAUUCAACAAAUUACACAACAUUAAAUCGUAUAAUUGUUUAUCCAAAUUUUCGUAUCAGAAGAAUAUAUCUUCAAGAUCGUCAUUAUGAAAAAUAUGAAAAACCACAAGAUUUUUUUAAAGCACUUAUUGAAUUAUCAGAUUUACGUAAAAAUCAUAUUAAAUUAAUUGAUAAAAAUUGUCAAACAAACACACAAAAAACAACAACAAUUGUUCCAAAAAUUAUUAAGAAAAAAAGAGUUAAAAAAAAAAUUGAAGUUACCAAGUAAAAAAAAAAGCCAAACAAUUUCGAUUAAAUUAAUUUCGAUUUUGCUCGUAU